UUUGCGGUAUAAUUUCGAAUGGAGAAUUGUAUCAGGUAAUUAUGUGGACUUUCGUUUUGCAUGAAAUGGUUCGUUUAUAUGACCACACAGCGUUCCGGUGUAAUAGGAUUGCAGUUGGGAAAUUUUCUAUAAAAUCUAGAGUAGUGCUUUGCAAACGGUUUAGUUUCGAAUUGUAACAAAUUUGCAGCAGUUCUACGUUGCAAACGCUUUCGGUCGCAGUGAAUUUUAAACGGAUCUUUUGACUUCCUUGAAUUAAGUUCUUAACACGCUCGUAAUGUGGCUACCUAAUUACUUUUCCUGUGCACUGCUAAUUGGCACACUUUAUGGUGCAAGCGCCACAAUCGCUCCAUUGGCCACCGAAGUUAGGGAUAAUGCCACACCUGGUACGGAAACGUUUUUGGCACCGCCAACUCGUGAGAAUAUCGAAAACACUCCGCGUCCUAUCGGUACUGCACAGAAAGCAGCCGACUGCCUGACCAAUUCAUUAAACUCAGAUUCAAUUUACUGUCGUGGUUCGCGUGCCAUUCGCAAUGUAAUUAAAAAAUUGAAUCGUCGCGAUAAACCGUUAGUAUUGUUGCGUGGUCUCGAAAUCGUACCAAUUGAGCCAGUAUCGAACGAUACACCCGUCGAUUCUGCUGUGGAGAAUGAUGACACCUUCUUGGGUUAUGUCUCCGAAUAUUUACGCAGUCACGAGUUAAAUAUUAAAUUCGCCGAUUUACUUGCCGAUGAGAGUGAGCGUUAUUUGGCGUAUGAUUUGGAACAAAAUGGCGGUGCUCCAGGGGAUGGUAUUCAAGAAGCGCGCAAGAAAGACAAAGGACAAGGAAUGAUCUUAGCCAUGGCAAUGAUGUUUGGCAAAAUGAUGGCAGUCAUGAGCCUGGGCGGCAUCGGCGCAAUGGCAAUGAAGGCGCUCGGUGUGGCAAUGACUGCGCUCAUGAUGGCCGGUAUUGUGGGCAUGAAGUCUCUGAUGCAGCACGGUCACGAAAGCAGUCACAGUGUGCAGUACCUCACUGCGGACGGGCAUCAUCACAAGCGCCGCCGGCGUAGUAGUUAUGAUCCGUUACGAUUGGCCUAUCGCGGCUGGCAACAAAAGCAAGUGGAGCAAAUUUAGAAUUAAACGUAAAUAAGUUAUUAUAUUUGAGGCAUUUCAUGCAUAAAUAUUUAUAUAUAUUCUGAUUUACAAAAUAUAUGUAGUUAGUUGUUAAUUAUUUAUUUUAUGUAUACUCCAGAACACUUAAUUAUUUAUAUUUAUUUCAGAACAAUUAUGCAAUAAAGUAGAUAGUGAAACAUGUUUAUAAA